AAACAUAUUAAAAUGUGAAAACAUGCUAAAAGGAACAUCAUUUAAAAAAAAAUAAUUAAGAAAUGGCAAAACCUUAAGGAGCUGGCUCCAUUUGGAAUCCAAAUAGUUGGCAUUGGGAAGAAAAAAAUUAUACAACAAUUGCUAAAUAAAUAAUUGAAUAGAAAAUAAAGUCCAUCAAAGUUGAAUCUGGAGGAAUUAUAUUAACAAAUUAAGAAAUUAAAUCUAUAAGUGGAGAUGUAUAAAUUUAUUGUGAAAUAAGGCUCAUAUUAAUAUCCGUAAAGGAAAAUAAGUUCUUGUUUAUGAUUUUGAUAUUGAAGUUGAAUGGAGAGGUAAACUUCCUUAAUAAAUUUAUAUAGGAUAAAAUGAAAAUGAUGAAGUAGAAGGCACUUAUAAAAUAAAAGAUUUUAAUUCUUUAGAUAAUGAUAUUGAAUUGAUUCACAUAAACAGCAAAUCAAAAACAUAAAUUUCAGACAAAUGCAAAGAUUUAAUUAAGAGAGAUAUGAAUCGUAAGUUAAAAGAAUCUUUCUAAACAUUAAUAUAAGAAAUUGGUCAAUUUGAAUCAGAUCCUGAAAAAUUGUAGAUUAUUAAAAAAUUAUUUUUAGAAAGAAAGACCAAGAAGCACGUAGAUAUGCAGAAGAAUAAGUUAAGUUAGCUAAAGAGUAAAAUGGAGAGUUGAAAGAAAGAAUAUUCUAAGAAUAAAAACUUAAAGAAAUAAAGAUGAAAUAAGAACAUACACAAGUUGCAUAAUGA